AAAUCUUCUUCUGCGCCUUAAAAGUUGUUGAAUUUCCAAACUGGGGUUUCUGGUUUUCUCCACCUCUUUUAGUUUUUACCCGUUUCAUCUUGUAGUUAGAAGGUAAGGUAGCGGUCAAGAAUGAAUCACUGUGUUCCUGAUUUUGAAUUAGAGGAGGAAGAGUUGAACUUUAACCCAACACCCUCGGGAUUACACUGGCAGAAGAAAUCGAAACUUCCAGAGGAAGAAGAGCUGGUGGAGCUGGUAUGGCAAAAUGGUCAGGUCGUUAUGCAGAGCCAGAGCCAUACACAGAGAUCUCCCAAAAAAUCUUCACAGAGAGAUGCAAUCUUGGACGUCCGAUCGUGUGCUACGGCGGCAGAGGAAGACGCAUCGCGUCAUCUGUUCAUGCAGGAAGACGAGAUGGUCUCAUGGAUGCACUACCCUUAUCCUCUCGAGGAUUCCUUCGACCGAGACUUCUGUUCUGAUCUCCUCUACACUUCUCCGACCAGAAACAUCAGCCAUUUGAGUAAGGUUACUCAGAUUCCGGAAGAAAAUAAGACUACGGCUCCGGCUCCGGCUGGUGCUCUGCCACAGGCGACUCCACGGCUGCCGCCAAUACCUCUUUCGAGGCAAGCGGAACAUUCGUCCAGAAAAAAAUUUCGGCCGCCCGUAUUGGAUAAGGUGGUGAGGGAAUCGACAGUUAUAGAUUCGAACGAGACGCCGGCAGUGGGACCCGGAUCUCGGGUUUCGAACGGUGCGAGAAUUUCGGCGCCGGUUUCUGGUGAGAACUUGGGGUGCGGGAGUAUUGUGGGCGAUGUAACGACGACGGAUUUGGUGAGAGAGUUGAACUGCGAGACAACCGUGACGUCAUCUUCCGCCGUCUCCGGUGGUAGUGCAGAGCAGUUAGGGAGGCCACCGACAGUUGACCGUAAACGGAAGGGAAGAGAAGAAGAAGACACCGAGAGCCACAGUGAGGAUGUGGAAUCCAUGGAUGAAAAGAAACAAGCUCGUGGGUCGACAUCAGCUAGAAGAGCUCGUGCUGCCGAGGUCCACAAUCUCUCUGAGAGGAAGCGUCGAGAUAGGAUAAAUGAGAAGAUGAAGGCCUUGCAAGAACUCAUACCUCGAUGCAACAAGUCAGACAAAGCUUCAAUGCUGGACGAGGCAAUAGAGUACUUGAAGUCUUUACAGUUACAAGUGCAGAUGAUGUCUAUGGGAUGCAGCAUGGUUCCUAUGAUGUUCCCCAGUGUCCAGCACUUCAUGCCUCCAAUGGGGAUGGGAAUAGGGAUGGGGAUGGGUAUGGGCAUGGAUAUGGGUAUGAGCAGACCAAUGCUGCCAUUUCCUCCGGUAUUAGCUGGCUCAACCAUGCCUAAUCCAGCUGCAGCAGCUCAUCUUAGUCCAAGUCUCCCUUUGCCUCCAUUUCAUCUACCCGCUGUAUCUACUUCUGAUCUAUCCAGAAUGCAAGCAGCGCCAAACCAGUCAGAUCCAGCAAUCAUGAACUCAAUUGGCAUCCAGAGUCUCAACCAGCAUCAGGUCCCGAGUUUUGUUAAUCCAUAUCAACACUACAUUUCCCUCCACCAGAUGCAAGUAUCACCUCCUCAGGUCCAAGCCAUUGCCCGGCCAAGCACCAGUAAGGGAGUUGAUACUCCUGAAAAUCAUCAGUCUGGUUGAAAUAUUGGGAAGAUAGGUAGUGGAACUGUCGAAGGCACUGCCUGCAAAGUUUUGUAGAGAGAGAGAGAGAGAGAGAGAGCAGUACCUCUUGAGACGGUCAGUUGAGCAGUACCACUUGAGACGGUCAGGCUCAACUGACUAUUCAAAUUUAAUGCGGCUAACUUGUAA